UGAGGGUUUUGAUGUCCCCCCUCCACGCACGCACACAGAGCUUUGUAGUCGUCGUGAUUGAAUUGGAAGAAGAGUCUCUGGAAUCUGAGAGAAAUGGGAAGCACUGAAGCUGCGGGCAAAACGGAGGAGGAGCUCCGUAAAGAGAUCGAUGAGCUCUUACGCCAGCAACGCCAAAUUACCGAGCGGCUUCGAGAUCCUCGGGGACUCCGUAGGGGAGGCUUUUCCGGCCCCGGCCCUCGUAAUUUCGCCGCCAACGGAGCUCGUCAGCGAGGUUUUAUUCGACCCGCAGAUAGAAUUGAAGUGGAAGAUCAACCUCCAGGAAAAAGGCGUCUAUCUUCGGCCGUUGUGAAGCUGGAGGAUGGGGAGAUCAAUGAAGAUGCGGAAGCAGCAAAGGAUUUGAAGGAGGAGGAUGCAAUUGGGGAGGGAACUGCUGGAGCUGGCACUGCUAAUCUGAGCGAUAAAAAGCCAUUGAAUUUUCAGCAGGGUGGCUGGUCUAGGAGGGAUGGAUACCAAAGAGCAGUGAAGACUGAAUCUGAAGGACCAGUGGUGGAGCAUAUUCCGAGGGUAUUGCCGAAGAAUGAGGAUCCAAGCUUGGUUAAUAGGAACAAAAGAAUGCUCGGGCAGCUUUUGGGAACUCUAGAGAAAUUCAGGAAAGAAGAUAUGCAACUCUCAGGAACAGAGGCGUAUAUGCGAAGGUCGAAUUCUCUACAAAGAGCUGAGCAACGAGCACGUGAAGAAAGUGAGAGGCUGAGGCAACAAGAGCGUGAGCAAUUGGCAGAAAAACGACGGAGAGAUCUGACUCUCAGGGCUCGUGUUGCUGCCAAGACAGAAGAAAAGAAGUUAGAACUGCUGUUUCUUCAGUGGAGUGAUCACCAUAAAAAACUUUGCAAUUUUAUAAGGACCAAGGCAGAGCCUCCAAUAUAUUAUUUACCCAAAAAGCCUUUAGAAGAAGACGAAACCUUGGUUCUGCAGCGUAAAGAACAGGCAUUUCUGGAGUGGAAGGCUGCUAGGAGGGAGGAACUGUCUGAAUACCAAAAAGAAAUUCAGGAGCAGUAUAUUGCCAAUGUAGAAAAGGAUUUAGAGAGAUGGCAAAAUGCAAGGAAAGCAAGGAAAACCAACAAUGAUAUGUUGAACUUACAGGAAACAAUGGACAAAGAAUUGGAUACACAUAGGCUUGAGCAUGGUCCCAAGAAAAGAAAGAUUCCUGAUGGUAACAACAACGAAGAUGAGGAUGAUGUGGAAGAUAUCAAUGUCGGGGAGGAUGAUAUGAUGGAUGAUGUACUGGAUGUUGAUGACGCUAGCAGGAGGGGCGAUGAAACGGUCAGGCCAGAGGCAGGUAAUACAAGUCCACAUGCUGAAACUAAUGAUCAGUAGUCAUUGAAGCCAUUCCAUCACACCGUCACUUUCUACUUAAUCACGUCGAAACCAUUUUGCUUUCUGUAGCCGCUGUUUAGCCUUUCAGCAGGCAUUUCUUGCUUUGUUAUUGUGGUUUUUUUUUUUUGGCAAUUUCUCGCGACCUUGAUUCGUUCCGAAUUUCUAGGAUGAACUUACUUAUAUGUACUUUAAUCCUUGUCUUGUAGAAAACAGAUAAAUGCACAAGUAUCUAUAGAGUUAGUGCAGGGAUGUGCUUGUCAUGUAAUGCCAUAUUAUUACUGGUACCUGCUCAUUAUUGCAUUACCAUCAGAAAGGUUUUUGCUUAA